AUGGCGACCAACCUCACACGCAGCCGGACGCUCGUCUCAGCCCUGCGGCCCGCAAGGCCGUCGCUGCAGGGCCGCGGCGAGCAUGCCGCCCGCGCCUUUUCCGUCUCGGCCCGCCAAUUUGUCGCAAUGCCCAAGGAGUCGGAGAACAUGCGCAAGGCCCCCCGCGACCACAUUGGCGUUCUCAAGGCGCCCAUUGUCAACCCGGCCGACAAGUACCAGAGCAAGGCCGACAACCUCCACCGCUACGGCGCCUGGCUCAUGGGCUGCAUGCCCAAGUACAUCCAGCAGUUUUCCGUCUGGAAGGACGAGCUCACCAUCUACAUCUCCCCUUCGGGCGUCAUCCCCGUCUUCUCCUUCCUGAAGUACAACACCGCUGCCGAGUUCACCCAGGUCAGCGCCAUCACCGCAGCCGACUACCCGACCCGAGACAACCGCUUUGAGGUCGUCUACAACCUCCUCUCCGUGCGCCACAACUCCCGCAUCCGAGUCAAGACGUACGCCGACGAGGCGUCCCCGGUUCCCAGCGUCACGAGCCUCUUCGAUGGCGCCAACUGGUACGAGCGCGAGGUCUACGACCUCUUUGGCGUCUUCUUCGCCGGCCACCCCGACCUGCGGCGAAUCAUGACCGACUACGGCUUCGAGGGCCACCCGCUGCGCAAGGACUUCCCGCUCACCGGAUACACGGAAAUCCGCUACGACGAGGAGAAGAAGCGCAUCGUCACGGAGCCGCUGGAGCUCACCCAGGCCUUCCGCAACUUCGAGGGUGGAUCUAGUGCGUGGGAGCAAAUCGGCCCUGGUCAGGACCGCAGGCCCGACUCCUUCAAGCUGCCGACGCCGAAGCCCGAGGAGAAGAAGGAGGAGCCCAAGAAAUAG